CUUUCAUCUUCAUAUUAAUCCUCUCUUAAUCUGCAUGAUGUAACCGUAAACUACAAUUUCAUUCAUACAGUUUGCAAUCAGAACUGAAAAUAAGUAACCGGGAUGCUUUGGACUAGUUUUCGUAAAUUCCAACAGGUAUCCCAUGUAACCCAAUCCCUGGUGCAGCUCUUGAAUGCGGAGGGCAGCAGCAGACAACUUUCUAGGUCACUUACUAGAACGAUGGCAUCUGGUACAGUGACGAUGUCCAGAGACAACGAGGACCUGGCCAGAUCUUUCCUUAAGUUAGAAAAAAUCGAUGUCAAUAUAUACAGAGCUUCAUCUAAGAGCCUUUGGCGGCCAGUUGGGUCUAGGUUUGUUUUUGGUGGACAGGUAGUUGGUCAGGCUUUAACUGCAGCAUUCAACACAGUGAAAGAUGAACUAUUAUUACACAGUCUUCACUGUUACUUUCUAAGGGGAGGCAAUAACGAAAAACCCAUUUUGUACCAUGUGGAUCGGACAAGGGAUGGUAAGACCUAUACGAGUCGUAACAUCAAAGCCACACAGGAAGGGAUCCCUAUCUUCACAAUGCAAGCUUCUUUUAAAGUAGAUGAAACAGAUCCAUUGGAACAUCAGUUUGAAAUGCCAGUGGUUCCCAACCCUGAAGAAUUAAUUAGUUCUAGAGAAUAUAUGAAAAAUAGGCUAGAAACAGAGGAGAUGUCAGAUUCUGAGAGACUGUUAAUCAGUGAAUACCUCACCCAGUCCCUACACAUAGAGUCCCGUCCUAUAGAUCCCCAGCUUUACCACGGCCAGAAACAGGGGGAAGCCCGGCGCUAUGUCUGGGUCAGGGCCAUUGAAAAUAUAGGGGAUAACAUGCAGUUACAGCAGUGUGUGGCAGGAUUUAUCUCCGACCUGGCUCUGUUAGGGGCCGCCAAGCAGCCUGCUCCAGUGGGGCACCAGUUAGGCUUCAUUACGUCCUUAGACCACAGUAUGUGGUUCCAUAACACAUUUAGAGCUGAGGAGUGGAUGCUGUAUGAAAUAGAGAGCCCUCAGUGUGGUAAAGGUAAAGCCCUAGCUAUAGGUCGUAUCUGGAGGAGAGAUGGAGUGCUAGCAGUGUCAAUGGCUCAGGAAGGUGUAUUGAGAUCUAAGAUUUGAUCAGUGGUUUAUAUACUUAAUUUAUUUCCUUGUCAAGCAUUACACAUAUUUAAUUAGCUAUAUGUUGUAUUGAGUGACUUAUUUCACUGUGAAUGUGAUGUGAGUAUUUUAACAUUUUAGUUGGAACAUGUUUUUUUGUUGUCAAACACCUUUUUUAUUGU